CAAAAGCAGCUUAUCCUCUGAACGAACCAAGUCUCUAGAGAAAUGUCGCAACUAUCGCUGAUUUUACUACUGCCGCUGGCACUACUAUUGGCAGUAUCUUCUACCGAGGCAGUCGUCACGCGUUUGCCUCCCUACAGGGUUGCUCCGUCUCAGGAUGGUCUCACUCGACUCUUCUUCAACUCGAGACUAACGCGAAAUGAUCCCAAGACAUCGAUGUCCUGUUUUGCUGGUUACAUUUUUGAAUCGAGUCAGAUUGCGGAGCAGUACAGUGGAGCCUACAGUGGAUGCCUGGCCGAGGCACAGAACUCGCGACUUGGCAUCGACAAGGAUUUCCUGCCUACACGCAGAAGGAUCGAGAGAUCCGCUGAAAGUGUUUGCAAAGCGCUGAGAGUUUGUAGCGAGACCAAAGACACCCUCGACUCUUUCAACUGUCACUCAGCAAUUGGCUCCAACAACACCGUUGCCACGUACGCCAUCUCUGGCAAUGCCUCAGAGUCUGCCUCAUUGUUGCAGGAACGUUACCGUCUCAUCGAUCUGCAUCACGUGCAGUGCACCAACAAAGCUGAGCGUAAUUAUAUCGAGUCCACAGCCAGCAACUACAACUAUCUUCAGGGCUGUCUUGAUGGAAAAAUCAAACCGAAACCUUUGCCCAGCACCACCAGCAGCAGCAGCUCAACGACAACCACAACCACAACGACCACGACAACGGAGGCACCAACCACGACCUCAACGGAGCCGCCAACCACCAUCAAUCUGGAGGAUGAAUUUAAGCAGCUUUUAAACUUGCUAAACUAAAACAACAAGUCAAAAGUUUCUUUGGCCAGUUGUUCAAAUUCUAAAGCUAAAAACGAGUUCUCCAUUAAACGAAAUCGAAACCGAACCCAAAGUCAAGUGCAACCCCAGACAGUACUUAAGCCAUGUGUGUAAACAAAGGCAGUUGAAAUCCCUGAAAUCCCUGGAAAUCAAUGCCAAAAAGCAACCCCAACAAAUAGCAUUUAACCCCCAUUUGAAAUGUACAAUUAUAAAAUGAAUUUUUGCCUUAGAGAAAUACACAAUUUUCGUAAUUAUUGCACAUA